ACCGAAGAAGCUGUAGUAGUAAACAAAGCAGACAGGAGAGGUUAUUUAACCUGGAAGGGUGAACCACGGUGAGUCCAGUGAUGAAGGAAGGUUCGGCCGAGCCGUCGAAAGCGGACUCUCUGCGGGGAUUUGUCACCGAGAGGCUCGCCGCAGCUUCCCGGGAGAUCCUGGCGGCGGUAGAGACGGUGGUAACCGCCUAUGAAGAGGAGGCCUCCGGCCUCCGCCUGGAAAUCCUCUGGCAGCGAAGGCAGCUGGAGCUGCUGCAGGGCACCGUCACUGUCGGAACCGAAGGUUUACCGACCAACAGAAGCCAUGGUGAUGGUCUGAAGGGUCAGGAUCCAACUGCUUCAUCAAGCUCCUUCUCCCAUCAGUCCCAGUCAGAUGGAAGGAAGUCUGGCAGUGAAGCACAGGACACCAUAGAUCUCAGCAUCUGCAUCCUGAACGACUCUAAGAUCAGCUUUCUUUCUAAAAACGCGGUGAAAAAAUGUCCGCUGGUCUCUCUGAAGUGUCCUCAAGGCCUGCAGUGGAUGGACUUUCUGAACCUGCUGAGGUCUGCGGUCCCUCAGCUGGCUGCGGACGACCAACCUUUUGACAUCUUGAUGCUGGAUAAGAAACGGAGACUUCAGCCUCUGACUCCAGAGAUCAUUAGGAAUGUUAGAUCCACAGGGCUCAGAAAGCCCACACUCUACAUCAGACUAAAGACACAAGAGGAAGCUCAAAAGGAGGUCCCUGGUCUUCAGACAGAGAACAGCUCUGCCAUGUUGGUUUGUGAGGAAGUAAAUCGACUACAAGAGACAAGGACAACAUUCCAGCAGCAUAUAGAGACGGAAGACGACCGUCUCACGAUGUCAGGUGAGGAAGAUUCUGCUGCUGAGAUGGAAGCCAGGGCCGUUGAUGGGAACGAAGGCGACAUUAGAGAUGCAAACAGCAGCUGGAGGCGAGAUGUUACUAAUGAAGAUGAGGAAACGAAAGUCUCCAAACUAAUUAAUGAAGGAGUCCACCACUUUAAUGGUGUUUGGGUAAAAACAGAAAACUCAGCUGAUUUUUCCUGUAAAGUCUGCAAAGCUGCUGAGAAAUCUGAAGUUGCCCUCGUUAAACACGCCUGGAGACACAGUGAGGAAGCAGGAAGUGUUUGUGGAGUCUGUGGAGCAUCAGUCCAGGUUUUAAAGGAUCAUCUUCAAAGUGAGCACAGAACUGAUGAAGGUCCCAAUUGUGGACUCGCUGUCCUUCAUCUGAAUGAGGACCUGAAGGGCCAACCAGUAGAGCUGACUCAUCCGCCCGAGGAUAAUCACAGCUCUUUUCUUUCUGAGCUGCCCUCUGAGGACAGCCAGGAGCUCCAGGAGUCCUGUCAUAGAUGUCCCACCUGCCAGAAGGUGUUUGAGCUGGAGGCGCGGUUAAAGGCUCACUGCAGGACUCAUAGCACAUGUAAAACCUACCUCUGUGGGGUGUGCGGAAAAUUCCUGAGUAGCAAUAGAGCUCUGUCCCGCCACAAGAUGACACAUUCUGGAGAGAGACCACACAGAUGCAAAAUCUGUAAGAGGGGCUUCAAAUUGGUGACAACUCUAAAACAGCAUGAGAAGAUCCACGCUGACAGGGAGCGGCCGUACCUCUGUGACGUCUGCUGCAAGAUGUUCCUCACCAGCAAGCAGCUCCUCAUCCACAUGAGGACGCACACCGAUGAGAAGCCAUACCACUGCAACCGCUGCGGUAAGGGCUUCACAACCAGGGGGCCACUAACCAUACACAUGCGGGUUCACACUGGGGAGACACCAUACCGCUGUCCUCACUGUGGCUGGUCCUUCAAACGGAAGACUCACUUGGACGACCACGUGACCAUCCACACUGGAGCAAAACCAUAUGUGUGCGGGAUCUGCGGGAAGACGUGCGCUCGAAGGACGUACCUCACCGUCCACAUGAGGACGCACAACGGAGAGAGACCCUACAAGUGUUCCCUCUGUGAGAAAGCCUUCACACAGAGCCACUGCCUGAAGACGCACAUGAAGAGUCACAAGGGUGCAGAGGCUGCAUUGUGAUGCUCAGCUUAACAUUAACCUAGAAUUUAUUUGUUAACAUCAAACUGUUUCUUAAAUCCAGUGAAAUAUCUCCAUUAAAAAUUA